AUGCUUUUCACUUUCGUAUCAGUCUUGUUGGCGUUAUGUCAACUUAUUUCAGGUUCAGCCUUAACCUUCCAAUUGGGGGCCCAAGCAACUGAAUGUUUUUACAUUUUCACUACUAAACCAAAUACUCCAGUUAGUUAUUACUUUGCUGUUCAAAGUGGUGGUGCUUUCGACGUUGAUUAUACUAUCAAGUCACCAAGAGGUGAAAUACUUGUAAAGGAAGAAAAGGAAAGACUGGGGGAUUUUGUUUUCCAAGCGGAUAUUGUUGGAGAAUAUGAAUUCUGUUUCUCAAAUGGAAUGUCUACCUUUGCAGAAAAAGUUGUUGAUUUUGAAAUCAAAUUUGAAGAUACCAAUACCAAUAACUUCAAAGCCAAUAUGCCAGAUCAACCAAAUACUAAACCAAUUGCUCAUGUUGAAAAUAUGAAAAGAACCGUUGAUAAAAUUGAUACUCAAUUAGAUGGUCUUUUAAGAACUUUACAAUACUAUAAAACCAGAAAUAAUAGAAAUCAAGCCACUGUUAAGUCUACUGAAUCUAGAAUCUAUUACUUUUCCAUUUUUGAAGUUUUAUUAAUGGUUGGUAUGGCUUUCUUACAAAUUACCAUUGUUCAAUUAUUCUUUAAAGGUUCAAGAAAACAAUUGGUUUGA